CACGGAGGAUUUGAAAAAUAAACCGAACGGAGAGGAAGAAAGAGUGGAAUUGUGUGUGAGAGAGAGAGAGAGAGGAAAAAAAAAAGAAGUUUUUCCAAUCGUUUUCCUUCCUGUUCUUCGUCUCCAUGUGCACAGUCGUGGCGGAAUAGAUGAGAUCGCCGUCGCGGUCGGGCAUCGGAGAGGAAAGCUCCGCCCUCUCAUCCGCUCCUCCUCCGCCCCUCCUCCCUCUCUUCCGCCCUCCCCCGCUUCGGAUCCCCGACCCCAACCCUAACCCUAAUCUCGACUCGCCCCAUGGCUUUUCCGUCCCACAUAAGCGCCCCAUCAUGACCCCUUCCUCCGCCGCCGCCGCCGCCGCCGGUGCUUCCCCCGCCGUCUCGCCCCCUGCUCGGCCCCGGCGCGUGUUUGUGCCCUCCGUCGCUGCGCCGAGGCGCCUUGCGUCCUCCGCCGCCCGCCACAUCUUCCGCCGGCUCCAACUCCGCCUCCGCCUGUUCCUCCUCCUCUCCUUCCCCUUCCUUUACCUCCUGCUUUCCUCCUCCGGCUCUGGGAACGGAGACGCCGUCCCGGGAAGAUCCUUCCUCCUUGAUUUCUUCUCCGCCCUUGCUUUCUCGUCUGUUCUUCUCCUCGUCCUAUGCGUCUCCUUGAACGCCCUCCCCUUUCCCUCCUUCCGCCUCCUCCUCUCCCGCUCCUCCGCUCUCCUCCUUCCCCGUCAUCAGGCCCAAGCGACCCCCGUGCUGUGGUCCAUUGGGAACUCCUCGUCCCCCGACAAGCUCAAGGGUGACCGCCGCCUAGCGUCGGGGUCCGUUGUGCAGGUCUACAACAACGGGGAUGUCUACGAGGGAGAAUUCCAGCGAGGGAAGUGCUCGGGAAGCGGGGUGUACUAUUACUCUAUGAGUGGCAGGUAUGAGGGAGAUUGGAUCGAUGGGAAAUAUGAUGGGUAUGGUAUUGAGACCUGGGCUCGGGGAAGCCGAUACAGGGGUCAAUACAGACAAGGGCUCCGGCAUGGAUUUGGGGUAUAUCGCUUCUACACAGGCGACGUGUAUGCUGGGGAGUGGUCAAACGGGCAGAGCCAUGGGUGUGGUGUACACACAUGUGAGGAUGGAAGCCGAUACGUCGGGGAAUUCAAGUGGGGAGUAAAGCAUGGCCUUGGUCACUAUCAUUUCAGGAAUGGAGACACAUAUGCUGGGGAAUAUUUUGCAGACAAGAUGCAUGGCUUUGGAGUGUAUCGCUUUGCAAAUGGACACCAAUAUGAAGGUGCAUGGCAUGAAGGCAGGCGACAGGGCUUGGGAAUGUACACCUUCCGGAAUGGGGAGACACAAUCAGGUCAUUGGCAAAAUGGUGUCCUGGAUACCUUGAGCACUCAGAGCAUUAAUCUUGGCUCACCGAUUGCUGUUAACCAUUCAAAAGUUUUAAAUGCUGUUCAGGAAGCCAGACGAGCGUCCGAAAAAGCUUAUGAUGUGCCCAGGGUAGAUGAAAAGGUGAGCAAGGCUGUGACCGCAGCCAAUAAAGCAGCUAACGCAGCUAGAGUUGCUGCGGUGAAAGCUGUUCAAAAGCGCAUCCCAGGUAAUGGAGAUGACAUAGGAAACCACAUGGUAUGAAGCCCUUUGCUUUCUUCGCCCAGUAUAACUAAAUCUUGAUAGAGUUAAAAAGAGUAUUUGCUUUAAGGCGAAUCGUGAAAGUUCAGAAGUAGGCUGGCAGAAAUUUGUAUGCCCGACAUCCUCGCAGCUCAUCCUCUAGAAACAGCGCUGCUCUGAACUAGCAGUUAUCGAAGGUGGCUGGCUGGCAUCAGACUUCGCUUUUUUUGCUUACUUUUUAAGUAACAGGAAAAACGUUAUGACUGUCCAUAUCUUCGAAGGUUUCACUCGACGUAACUAGUGGAACAUGUCAAUAACCGUUGUUAGGGAUGUUGAGAUCGAUCAUGAUUACAUGAUUAUUGUAUAUGAAACUACGUUGAAGAAUCUUUAACGAGUUACUUUUAAAUGAGGGUUUCUGGCAGUGCUGUGUUGGUUU